CAUCAUCCUCCAGAAGCCAAGCCGCAACGCUGCAAGCAUGCCGGGAUCCAGCGGCAGCAUGACAGCGUCCGAGGGGGACCAGGGAUGGCCCCUUCAGACCAUCCAACCAAAGGGUGACCACCUCCCCGACCCGCAGCCGCGGCGCCUGGGCAUCACCUGGGAGAACCUCACCGUCAAGGCCGUGGCCGCUGAUGCCACCGUCCACGACAACUUCUUGUCGCAGUACAACGUGGCCCAGAAGUUGCGCGAUGUCAGGAGGAAACCGGCGCUCAAGACCAUCCUCGACAGCAGCCAUGGCUGCGUUAAGCCCGGCGAGAUGCUCCUGGUGCUCGGCCGCCCGGGGUCGGGGUGCACGACGCUGCUCAGCACGCUGGUGAACCGGCGCCAGGGUUACUCCAGUGUCGAGGGUGACGUCCACUACGGGUCUAUCCCCGCUGCCGACGCGGGUCAGUAUCACAGCCAGAUCGUCAUGAACACUGAGGAGGAGCUCUUCUUCCCCUCCCUGACCGUCGACCAGACCAUGGACUUUGCGACCCGCCUCAAGCUUCCGUUCGACCCUGCCGAGGAUUCGGCCUCGCGGGAGAAGCUACGCAAAGAGACGCGUGAUUUCCUGCUGGAGUCGAUGGGCAUCAGCCACACGCACUCCACUAAGCUCGGCAACGAAUUCAUCCGCGGCGUGUCGGGAGGCGAGCGCAAGCGAGUGUCAAUCGUCGAGUGUAUGGCUACGCGGGGGUCUGUGUUUUGCUGGGACAACAGCACGCGGGGGCUCGACGCCAGCAAUGCCCUCGAGUGGGCCAAAUCGGUCCGGACCAUGACCGACGCCCUCGGGCUGGCCUCGAUCGCCACUCUGUACCAGGCCGGCAACGGCAUCUACAACCUCUUUGACAAGGUGCUGGUGCUCGACGGCGGCAAGCAGAUCUACUACGGCCCGACCCACGAGGCCCGGCCGUUCAUGGAGGCGCUCGGCUUCAUCUGCCAGGAGGGCGCCAACGUGGCCGACUUCCUGACCGGCGUCACCGUCCCCACGGAGCGCAGGAUCCAACCGGGACGCGAGGUCACCUUCCCCCGCACCGCCGACGAGCUCAAGGCCCAGUACGAGGCCUCGACCCUCUACCCCCGGAUGCGGGAGGAGUAUAGCUACCCGAAAAGCGACUUUGCCAGGGAGAAUACGCGUGCCUUCCGGGAGGACGUGGCCACCGAGAAGCACCGCCUCCCCAAAGACAGCGCGUUGACAGUCAGCUUCCCGAUGCAGGUCAUGGCCUGCGUGGUGCGGCAGUACCAGAUCGUCUGGGGCGACAAGGCGACCUUCAUCCUGAAACAGGCCUUUACCAUGAUGCAGGCCGUCAUCAUGGGCUCGCUAUUCUACCAAGCCCCUGAAAACUCGGGCGGCCUGUUCGUCAAGGGCGGUGCCCUGUUCUUCUCGCUGCUCUACAACUCGCUGCUGUCUAUGAGCGAGGUGACGUCGUCGUUCGACGGCCGGCCGAUCCUCGUCAAGCACAAGCUCUUUGGCUUCUACCACCCUGCGGCCUUUUGCAUCGCUCAGAUCGCCGCCGACAUCCCGCUCAUCCUGCUCCAAGUCUCGGGCUUCGGCGUCAUCUUGUAUUUCAUGGUCGGCUUCACCAUGACCGCGUCGGCCUUCUUCACCUACUGGAUCGUUCUCGUGGCGGGGACCAUGUGUAUGACCGCCCUCUUCCGCGCCAUCGGCGCCUCCUUCGCCGAUUUCAACAGCGCCGCCAAGAUCUCGGGCCUCUCCAUCACCACGGCCAUGAUGUACACGGGCUACAUGAUCCAGAAGCCGCAGAUGCACCCCUGGUUCGUGUGGCUGUACUGGAUCAACCCGAUCGCCUACGCGUUCGACGCGCUCCUGUCCAACGAGUUCCACGGCAGGGUGAUCGAGUGCUCCGGGAAUAGCUUGGUGCCCAACGGCCCCGGCUACAACGACCCGGCCCACCAGUCCUGCGCCGGAGUCACCGGGUCCACGCAGGGCCAGACCUCGCUCACUGGGGACGAUUACCUCGGCGCCCUGACCUACAGCCAAACCCACAUCUGGAGGAACGUGGGCAUCGUCAUGGCCUGGUGGGCUCUUUAUGUCACCGUCACCGUGGUUGCGACCAUGCGCUGGCGCGCGGCGUCCGAUGCCGGUUCUACUUUGCUGAUCCCGCGCGAGCGCUCCAAGCUGGUUCCCGCCGAGCUGCGGGACGAGGAGGCCGCGGCCGGGGACAAAUCAUCGCCGUCAGCCGUUGGUGACCCCGAGGCGGCGGAGAAGGUGCUCAUCAAGAACACGUCACUCUUCACCUGGAAGGACCUGUCGUACACGGUCAAGACACCCGAGGGCGAACGACUCCUGCUCGACAACGUGCAGGGCUGGGUUAAGCCGGGCAUGCUGGGCGCGCUGAUGGGCUCGUCGGGGGCCGGCAAGACGACCCUGCUCGACGUGCUCGCCCAGCGCAAGACCGACGGCACCAUCCGCGGCUCUAUCCAGGUCGACGGCCGCCCGUUGCCCAUAUCCUUCCAGCGCUCGGCCGGCUACUGCGAGCAGCUCGACGUCCACGAGCCGUUUGCCACGGUACGCGAGGCCCUCGAGUUCUCGGCCCUCCUCCGCCAGCGCCGGGACGUCCCCCGCGAAGAGAAGCUCAGAUAUGUCGACACCAUCAUCGACCUCCUCGAGCUCAACGACCUGGCUGAUACGCUGAUCGGGCAGCCCGGCGCCGGUCUCACUAUUGAGCAGCGAAAGCGAGUGACCAUUGGCGUCGAGCUCGUAGCGAAGCCGAGCAUCCUCAUCUUCCUGGACGAACCCACCUCGGGCCUCGAUGGGCAGUCGGCGUACAACACGGUGCGGUUCCUGCGCAAGCUCGCCGACGUCGGCCAGGCCGUGCUGGUCACGAUUCACCAGCCGUCGGCCCAGGUCUUCUCCGUCUUUGACACGCUCCUGCUCCUAGCCGGCGGUGGUAAGACUGUCUACUUUGGCGAUAUAGGCGAGAGCGGCCGGACCGUCCGCGAAUACUUUGACCGCUACGGCGCCCCCUGCCCCGACGAGACCAACCUGGCGGAGCACAUGAUCGACGUCGUGUCCGGGUCCCUCUCGCAGGGCAAGGACUGGAGCCAGGUGUGGCUGGCAUCCCCCGAACACGCAGCCGUGACGGAGGAGCUCGACCAGCUCGUGGCGACGGCGGCGGCGAGCCCACCCAAGACGACCGACGACGGCUACGAAUACGCCACAACGUUGUGGACGCAGCUGAAGAUGGUGACGCAGCGGACGAGCGUGUCGCUGUACCGCAACACCGACUACAUUAACAACAAGGUCGCGCUGCACACCUUCGGCGCGCUCUUCAACGGCUUCACCUUUUGGCAGAUCGGCGACUCGGUCACAGACCUGCAGAUGCGCUUGUUUACCGCCUUCAACCUCAUCUUCGUGGCGCCCGGCGUCAUCAACCAGCUGCAGCCGCUCUUCAUCCAGCGCCGCAACAUCUUUGAGACGCGCGAGAAGAAGUCCAAGAUGUACUCGUGGGUGGCCUUCGUCACGGGCUUGGUCGUGUCCGAGAUACCGUACCUCUGCAUCUGCGCGGUCCUGUACUUCUUCUGCUGGUACUACACGGUCGGCUUCCCGCACGACACGAGCCGGGCCGGCUCCAUCUUCUUCGUCCUGCUCAUGUUCGAGUUCAUCUACACGGGCAUCGGGCAGUUCGAGGCCGCCUGCGCGCCCAACGAGCUCUUCGCCGCGCUCAUCAACCCCAUCGUCAUCGGCACGCUCAUGUCCUUCUGCGGCGUGCUCGUGCCCUACGCCCAGAUCCAGGCUUUUUGGAGGUACUGGCUCUACUGGCUCAACCCCUUCAACUACCUCAUGGGCAGCAUCCUCGUCUUUGCCAUCUGGGACACCGACGUGACUUGCUCCGCCGGCGAGCUGGCCCUGUUCGACCCCGCCGUCAACGGCACUUGUGGGGAAUACCUCGCCGACUACCUGCAGGGGAUGGGCCGGGGGGCUCGUCUGCUGAACCCGGACGCCACGUCCCGCUGCGAGGUGUGCCCGUACAGGGAUGGUAGUGUGUACCUGCAGGCGCUGAACCUGAAUGAGUAUUAUUACGGCUGGCGGGACGCGGGCAUUGUGGUCAUCUUUGCGCUCAGCUCGUACGCGUUGGUGUAUCUGAUGAUGAAGCUGAGGACCAAGACGUCCAAGAAGGCGCAGUGAUUGGUUUUUUUGUCGUUGUAUUACUAUCCUCUCUAUUUUUAUUGUGCUCUCCUCUACGGUGAUCGUCAUGGGCGGUUCAUAGCGCGGCGUUUUUGGAUUAGAGUAGACGGGGCACACGCGGUCAUGGGCACAUUGGUAAUAAGAG